AUGCUUUAUCCUUAUAUUCUAGCUAUGAUCUUGCAGGUCAUUGCAGCUUUAGAAUUCUCAAACAAUUAUUAUGUUAUUACUGAAUCAUACGGUGGGCUGGGCGAAGACAUUUUGGUUACCCUGACAGGAGGCUUGUCUCUCGUCGACCUUGAUUGGCUAACUAUUAAUUUGUUAGAGAACUAUAAUCUCAUGUAUAUCGAAACCAACAUCCAACCAACUGGGGAAUAUUUUAUCAAUGUUGUUAGGAAUUCCGGACGUUUCCAUAUUAUAUCAUCGGCUCCGAAUACGUCUUUUCGUAAUUACUAUUUAUACAACUAUGACACAAUCACCAUAGCAGCUGCCAGGUAUGGUGAUUUGGUAGUAAGCCUUGACUACUUGGAAAACCACGGGGAUCUUUAUCUUGUCAAUGUCGAUUUUCCAUUUCGACAGGGCCCAGUUGGGGUUGCCGGGCCGCAAAUGGUGGUAGGUCGCUUUUGUGUUGAAGGUUCCCACUUGCAGGUGAAAAGUUUAGAGUGGCUGAAUGAACUGGGGUGCGUGGAGCUUCAUCGAAGCAUCUUGGAAAUCGAUAUAAUGUGGGCGGGUAUAACAUGCUUGGAGGAAUCCGUCUUGUUAGCUUCCAAUCCAAGAGAGACUUUCACAGUUGCUGGUUUUGGUAGAAAUAGUUUAAUCAAAGUACUCAAUGCUGAUAGUAGUAGAAUAUCAUAUGAAUCAACCCUUUUAAGAAUAGGUGAUUACCGAUUUGAAAUUGGACCUGGGUAUGGCUUUGAUAAAUUCUCAUUCGAAAAUGACCAAUCUGAAACCAAUGUACUAGUCAUCUCGUAUCCUGAUUCUGCCGGAGGUGGUGUGGGAUAUGAUUGCCCCUGUGAAUGUGAUUUUGACAUCUUACCUGAAAGAGCUCUACGGUCAGAUGACUACGGGAAAUCCAGCACAGCUCGAGAAUCAACUACCCCAACAAAUUCAGAGACAGAAGAAACCACAGAGACAGAAGAACCUACAGGGACAGAAGAAACCACAGAGACAGAAGAAACCACAGAGACAGAAGAAACCACAGAGACAGAAGAAUCUACAGAGACAGAAGAAACUACAGUGACAGAAGAAACUACAGAGACAGAAGAAAUCACAGAGAGAGAAGAAACUACAGAACAGGUUGAAUCUAAUACAGGAGAAGGCUCGGAAACGACUGAAUAUUUUACCACUUUGGAAUCAAGCGAGAUAUUUGAUGAAGCGACUACAACAGAAUUCGAAACAUCAGAACCCCCCAUAAAAUCUGAAUCAAGCGGCCGAGAGUUGGAGUCCACAAAUACAGACCUAGAAACCUCAGAAACCUACUUACCAGAAUCCAAUGAUGAAUCAACUUCGUCUGAAUGGUCCCAAUCAUUUAUUUCCGUAGAAACUGAAAUUGGAGAAACGUCCGAGGAACCUAGCUUCGAAUCUUCUAUAAAACCCUCAAGUAAAGGGGAUAAGUCAGACGAAAGAAGUACGGAAGUCUCCAUUGUAUCACCCGAAAGUGAAGAUUUUGAAACCACUCAAGAAAUAACUACCGAGUCAACCUUUGUUCAAACAGCAGAUCAAGUACCAUCCAGUCGAAUAAGAACAGAUUAUUUCACUGUUGAGGCUGAAGAUAAUGAUUCUUCACAGCUUGUGCCAGAUUCGACUUCAUUGGAAUCGAGUGGUAUUCAACUGACUGAUACUUGUUCCCUUAGCAACGACGAGGAAUCAAGUGCUCGGUGCACCAAAAAUUCCGACUGCAAUGGUGAAUCAGUUUCAAGUUCCAUUGUUUCGAGCACUAUAACUGAAGUAGUUAUGAUCACUGACUGCGAAGGUUCCAAAAAAUGUACGUCUUGCAUUGCUAAUUCUACCAAAACUGGAAGUGGCAAGACUGUCUCAAAGAAAGCUGUGGAAACUACCACCACUUUUACAGUUCUAACUACUCGCGAGAAAGUAACACGUUCUGGGAUGGCAACUACUAUUCCCACGACUAUUAUCAGUAUUAGUACAUAUACAAUUGAUCUAAUUGAAGAAUCUAGUCCUGUUACUAUUGUAGUAGAUACUGAUACUACCGGUGAACCCAUUGGAGCUUAUGACGAUAAGAGUCGUGGUACCAUUGCCUUUUAUGGUCCUCAAGGAAGCUCAGUUCAAUCAAAUUCGGUAGACAUUUCUACGUCUGAAGUCAUUGAAGAUUUGAUUCCCCCAGUAACCACUGAUAUGCCCUCUGCUGGGACUGCUGUUAAGAUCUCUACUCCAAUAUUGGUUCUUUCCCUACUAGUUAGUUGUUUACUGGUCUAG